AUUUACUAUAGAGAACAAAGUUUAACACAUUGUCAACCAAUGCAACUAAGGGCUGACUGCACAGCCGUUUUUUGCAAUAUAAAAUUCUACAAUUUCUUCUACUUCUACAACUUUGUAUAGCUCUAUAUCUUAAAAUCUCUGAGAUCUUGGAAAGAUGAACAAAUAUUCCUUUGAUAACUGAAUAGAUUCCACAUUUUGUGGUCGCUAUAUUUGCACAAUUUGCAGCUCUUAUUCGCUCUUAGUCUCUCGCCCUCUCUAUUUUGUAUGUAUCUUGUGAUGAUUUCAUACAUCGCUAUUUCAUGAUACUUAGCAAAAAUGCGCUCUGACACCAGUCCAUGUACAGCUCUCGCUCAGGUUGGCUGCUUUUCAAUACUGUCAACUAAAGUUAAAGUAAAAAGUGAACCCGUAAUUAUAAACAAAAACAAUUCAUUGCUUAUCGAUAAUGGCUGAAGAAUUGUGCAACAUCAAAAUGUGGGCAGGCUUAACAGCCCGAAUUAAUGCGUGUUUCUCGAUAAUCUACUUGGGAAUAGAAAUCGGCAAUGCGUCGGAUCAUUACAUAGGCGUCGGAAUAUUGGCAAUAUGGUUUGGACUCUAUUCCCUCAAUAUAUUGAUAAACUUGUUCUUUUCGGGAUGCAGUCGCAAUUGGAAGAAGUUUGAUGUAGUAUUUUGGUUUUGUUUCACGUUAAUUUUGUUAGUCAUUCGACUUGUGUGCACUGAUUACCGCAAUUUGAGUAUUGGAUUAUUGGUAUUCGCAAUAUUUGUAAAUAUUUAUAUGGUAUUUUCACUCAUAAUAAUAUCGUUAUUGGGUUACCAAGUGGACAAUCCAAAUGCGGACAUUUCGAGCUGCUUAAGUUGCCGCCAAGUUAAUAAUAGAAUAAUAAGUGUGACGACGGAUGCUACAGAGCAAACCAAUAUAGAAGUUCUAUCAUAUAAUCAUCGAUCUCUAGACUCAUAUCGUACCGACUUAAGUUCUAACAACAUUAAUAAUGAUUCUCAGAUGGUUUUUUGGCCAGCCCCAGCUUUUAAUGACACAGACAAUGAAUCACUGAAUAAUUUUGCUACAGCCCCAGAUUUCUGCGACUUACACAAUGAUUCUCAUAUUAUGGCUAGAUCUGCUGAAGCUAACGUUUCUUUGGAUGUAAAUGAUCCUCCUCCAAGCUACAAUGAUACUAUGACUCGUGGGAUGGCAAAACUCUAAAAUUAUAUUACAUAAUUGUAAUCCUGAUAUCACAACAAUUGAUAUUUUAAUUAAAAUAUGAAAGUAGUAUUCGAUAGGUCACGGAUAAUAUCGAACAUAGGAACGAAAGCAGAAAUCAACAUAUUUAAAAAAAAUUAACCAUGUUUAUAUGCAUGACUAUAAAAAUCUAUAAUGUCACGGUGAUAGAAAUUUAUUUGUAAUGCUCGCAGUUAUCAUAAGGCUAUUGACACAGAUGAUAAAAAUCCAAUGCGUUUUGUGUCAAUACUCAAGUACUACCUCAAUCUCAGGUGUAAUUAACUUCAGAAUGAACAAAUAUUGUGCGCGAGUAAACUGACAGCCACUCUACGUAUAAGUGUAUUAACUUAUCUCAGGUAACAACUUUAAAUGUGAUGUUAAAAUGAAAAUAACGUUGAAAUUUUAUAAUAUACCACU